AUGACAGCAAGCAAAACUACCCACCUCAGCAAGGGCAACAGGGAGCUUACCCGCAGGGUGGCUAUGGCCCACAGGGUGGCUAUCACCCAACACAGGGCGGCUAUGGCCCACAACAGGGCGGUUAUCCACCACCGCAGGGUGGCUACCCACCACCACAUGGGAUACGCCUACCCUCCACCACAAGGAAUGCAACAGUCCUCGUCCUCGACUAACGUUGUUGUUGUCGGAGGUGCCCCUGCAACCAACACCAUCAUCGUACACAGACAUGGAGUCAAUCAUUGCAUGCAUUGCCUCAUCUCACUGUUCUUCUUUCCCUGGAUAUUUGUGUGGAUUUUCUUGUGCAUAACAUCUAAAUAG